AUGUCUCGCCGCCUUGGCCACACCAUCCAAUUGCACGAAGCGAAGAUUUCCCUCCUUAAAAAGGAGGUCAAGCGACUAGAGGGCGAGCUGAAGGACGCCAACGACCUCAAUGAGGUGAAGGAGCAGCUCUGCGAUUUCGCCUCCGGGGUCAUGACGACCAAAGACAACGAGCUCAGAGAGCUCAAGAAGGAGAACGAGUCCCUCCGCCGCCGUCUCGACAUCAGAGAGCGGUCGGUAAAGCAGUUUCUGGCAAGCGCCACCAAGGAGGAGACGACCGCCGCUGCACUCGAGGCGCAAGCCCAACAGUACCUGGAGAUGGUGAAGGGACAGCAGGCAGAUAUUGCAUCACGCGAGAAGGAGAACGAGUGGCUCAAGUGGCAAUACGACCACGCCAAGAAGUACCAGAAGUGCGCCGAAGACCUCCAAGAGCUUGUCGAUGCUCUGCUGGUCGAGAACCGCCAACUCUUCGCCAACCAGAAGUGA